CUAAGAUUUUAUUUACAUAAGUUUAGGAGGGGUUUUUCUGCAUUUUCUAUUUAAUUUACUUUAAAGACAUUCCACCCAAGAAAACCCACACUCGAAAACCAAGUUAUCCUCACUCACAGCAAACAGAAAAUUGCGAUUUAAUUGUCCCUUGAGUAAUGGAAAGCAUGGAAAAGCGGUAGCAUGGAAAAGGCGGGGAAACUUCACUCCCAAGACAAUGCAAAUAUCCUCCUACACAAAUAUAAAUCUCGAGUGACUUCAGCCACAGAACUUAGCCAACGUCUUUGUGUGUUUCUCCCCUUUCUUUUUCUCCAGCAGCAACAGCAGCAACAACAGCAACAGCAGCAACAACAAGCGAUGAAGGACACCAGCAGCAGCAGCAGCAGCAACAUCUCGUCGAGCGGCGCAGCGGGAAUGCCUUGCAACAUUGCCGCCGCAGGAGGAGCAACAGCAACAGCAGCAGCAGCAACAACAGCAACCACUGGCAGUGCCACGCCCAGUGCGCCCAGUACGCCCACAACAGCAGCAGCAGCAGCGGCGGCGGCAGCAGCAGCAGACGCAACAGCAACAGCGCCGCAGAACCCGCAGCAACGCGGCAAGAGCAACAUCCACGAGCUGAGGAAUCAGGACUACGUGAGUCGGCUAAUGGCUGCCACGCCCCCCUAUUUGUACUCCGCCCCCGUGGGACCGAACAACUUCUUCUUCAGCGACAUGCUGCGUUCGCUGGUGCAGGCGCGCAACAACGAGACGGCGCGCGUGCUGCAGCUGCAGCAGCAACAGCAACAGCAGCAGGCGGCACAGCAACACCAGCAGCAACAACAGCAGCAGCAGCAGCAACAUCAGGCUGCCUUGGUGCGACGGCCAAGGAAGCGAUCCUGGUCGCAUCGCCCAUACUACGAGCAACUGCGAGAGCGUCGCGAUGCCGAGGAGAAGCAACAGCAACAGCAGCAGCAGCAGCAACACCAGCAUCAUCAGCAACACCAGCAGCAACAUCAGCAGCAACAGCAGCAACUGCAACACCAAAUGGCGCCGGAAAAGCCACUCGAACUGACCAACAAAGCAAUUGCACCCUAUGGUUAUGCCAAACUGGAAGCCAAGCCACCGAUGGCACCUGCAACGGCAACAGUUGCUCCGCCAACUACCUGCAACAAGGCGGGCUUGGACACCAGUUUGCAGGACAACACACCGCCGGCUGCCUCGUUGCCGCCGCAGGAUUUGGUGUUGCCACCGCCGCCACCAGUUUGGUAUCCACCGCUCUACGCACCCUACGGCAUCGAUCCGCUGCACUUCUUCAUCGAUCUGCGCGUCUCGGGUCACAUCUACGAUCGCAAGAAGGAGAACGUGUCGCCGCUGUCGAGCAGCAACAAUGCGAUUAUCGCCGACGAGGGAUCGCCCGGUUCGAACUGUUCCAGUUCGGGCGCCACUUCCGUUUCCGCUUCCGGUCUGGCUGGCAAUCUGCUGAGCAAGCAGCGCCACGGUUCCGCCUUCACGGUUCCCAUUCCGAAGGCGGCCCAAAACGAUGCCAUCAAUCUGUGCCAAUCCAAUGCCGCCGCUUCCACCGGAGGCUUGACCGGCGGUGGGUUAACCAAUCAGCUGGGCAGCAAGUUUGAGCACUACGCCAAGUACUAUGAUCUCGGCGAGACGAAGGAGAAUCAGCCUUCCAGCACGGCGGCAAAUCUUUCGGCAGCCGCCGCUGCUGCCGCCGCAGCUGCGAAUCUAUCGAAGUCGGGCGCCAGCUACAUGCUGCAACAUCUGCCGCGUCUCUACAGCCAGUUUGCGGCACACCAGGCGCAGGUGCAGAGCCAGGACACGGAUGCCAAGUCGGAGUCGGCCUCGGUUAGUGCCUCGCUUUCCGUUCCCGAUCUCUGCGACGAUGACUCGUUGGGCCGGCACUCCAGCGACACGAAUGCGGGUGCGGAUCUGGACGGGAAUGGCAGUGGUGGUGGUGGUGGUGGACAGGGCAACUGCGACAUCGAUGUGGAGAUCAUCGACUCGAUCAAGUAUCGCACGGAUGGCGAGAGCAGUCGGUGUUCCAGCAACGACGAGGCAUCCAUCACGCAGAUCGAUUGAUCCACUGCAAAAGCAAUAAAAGUUUAUCAAUAAAGUUAAUGGU